UUGUGGCAUUUGACAGAUUCUGCAGGGCUAUGUCUCAAUUGAAGCUAAACCAGCAGCUCAUCUCCUAGGUUGCAGUAUUCAGCUAAUCGCCGUUCUUUGGGCUGACAUCCGGUCAUCCUCAAAGUCGAACAUUUUGGGCUCAGAGAACGUAGCAGGGAGAUUUUGUGUAAGGAAUCGGUUCGAAGAUAUAUACAGGGUGCCCGCUGUAUUCUUUGUCAAUUCCCUGAGAGUUUGAAACGGGCAAAAACGACUGUCUGACUUUAUACCGGCGAUCUUGAGGGUCGAAAUGGAUUCUAUCGUAUUAGCUCCAAGCCAUGCGGUUAUAGCAGGCUCUGGCCUUGGAAAUAAGGCGGAUGCUGCGAGCAUCGCAGGAGGCGUGUUGGAGACGAUGAUGACAACCGGGGCAGGCAAGAUCUCGACAAUAGUCCUGGCGUCCAUCGUGGCUCUCUUCCUCCUGGAUCAGUUCUUCACCGCUAAGGUCGACCCUCAAGAGCCGCCGCUAUUGAAGCCUCGUUUUCCUCUGAUUGGUCAUCUAGUCGGAAUGAUGCUUGGGCAGCAAAGUUAUUUCCAAAAGCUCCACAAGCGAAACUCGCCACCAAUCUAUACAUUGCCUGUGCUAAACGGCAAGAUUUACAUCGCUACGUCGCCGCCUCUAAUUCAGUCGGCCCUGAGGGGAAAGGAUCUCUCCUUUGACCCCUUUGUAGUCGACUUUGCUCAGAAGCUGUUGGGUCUUGACGAGGCGACUAUGGCCAUCAUCAGGGAUGAGAGUAAGGGCACCACGACGAACGCGGACAUGACAAAGGCCAUCCACGGGGGCUUGAGCGGCGGAAACUUGUUGCGCACAAACCGGGCCGUCCUGGAGGAUGUUGCAGCCCAACUCAACGCGUUCCCACUUGGGAAUGACGGCCUUGAAAUUCCCGACUUCUGGAUCUGGCUGCGCAAUUUAUUGUCGGCAGCUACCACCAAGGCGCUGUAUGGUAAGAAAGCCAACCCCUUCGACACCAUCCCAACCAUGUUUGACGACCUAUGGCAAUUUGACACGCAUACGCCAACCCUGAUGAUCAGCCCCUUUCCCUGGCUCACCCAUCCCAAAACCCUUCAGGCUCGUGCCCGUCUCCAGGCGGCCGUGGUCGAUUGGUAUACGGCCGGAAACGACAAGGAUCCUGACAUCGCCGCCAUCGCGGCGUACCGAGCAGAGACCUUGCGCCGUCAUGGCUUCUCAGCGCGUCAGAUUGGCCAGAUCGAAAUCUCACUCGCACUGGUGUCAAUGCAGAACGCUAUCCCGACGCUGCUUUGGCUCGUGCUGAAUGUGUACCAACGUCCAGGCUGGGUUGAGCGCAUUCGCCUCGAGAUUCUCGACACUCUACAAGAAGCCAAGCCCGUCAAUGGGAUGCGCCAGGUGCAGAUAUACGUCUCGUCUCUCGAGGAGAAAGCGCCGUUCCUGCUGGCUUGCUACAAGGAGGCUGUUCGCAUCGGUAAUGCACAGCUGGGCACCCGCCGUGUCAUGCAGGAUACGUAUAUUUCCGACGGUAAAGGGAACCGGUACCUGGUCAAAAAAGGGAUCGACAUGCUCAUGCCGUGCGGCGUUAUGCACCGGCUCGAUAAUGUGUGGGAAAGCGACACCGAUUCCUUCAAUCCGAACAAUUUCCUCAGUCCCGAGCAAAAGGGCCUGGAUCCGCAAACGCAGAGCGAACGGGAGAAGCUACGCAAGGCAAGUUAUAUCCCUUUUGGUGGGGGGAAACACUAUUGUCCAGGGAGGAAGUUUGCCAUGUAUGAGAUUAUGGCUUUGAUGGCGACAUUGGUGGUUGGGUUCCACGUCAGCCCGCUUGGAGGCGGAGAGGAGAUUCAGAUGCUUGAGAUGAUGGGGGUGAGGUUUGGGGAGGCGGUGGCGAAGCCUAAGAGGAACGGAGAGGGGUGUCCUGUGAGGUUGAAGAGGAAGGAGGGGUGGGAGGCGGUUAGAUGGAGGUUUGUGUGUUGAUGCGCCGGCCCAAUAGUGCGCAGGAUGGCGAAGGGGGGGUUUUAUGUGGAGGGCCUGGACUAACUAGAAUUAUUGUGUAGAGGGAUGACUGCAUUCAUUUUAUGGUAUAAGAGCCAACACCGAUAAUCUCAUCCCACAUUAAAUGACGUGCGC